CAGGCGUUAGCAAUAAUUUAAUAAACAGACCAUGUCAGAGUUUGAGGUGAAGACAGCUAUACCCAGCACCAGAGAUCCAGGAUCCGAUCAGAGAGAAGAAUCUACUGAAGAAAAGUUGACCUUUGACAUUUCUGACCUUGAGGGAGAAGGUCAUCAACACAAAGAAACAGUAAAGGGGGAAAGGAAAGCUUUUUCAUUCCAUUCACAUAUUCAAUGCGAUGGUCAAAACAGUAAUAGUGCUAAAGACAUUGAAACGGAGAAGUUAAUAGAGCACAACAAUAAUCAAGAAAGUAAAAAAGUUCAUGAAUGUAACUUCUGUAAAAAAAACUUUCAGCUCAAGUAACCUACGUAGACACAUGAGGACACAUACAGGUGAUAAACCUAAUAAAUGCAGUGUGUGUGGGAAAGCAUUCACCGAUUCAUGCUCCGUAAAGAUACACAUGAGGAUACAUACAGGUGAUAAACCUUAUAAAUGUGAAGUGUGUGGAAAGACCUUUGGCCAUUCACAAAACUUUAAGAAACACAUGACGACACAUACAGGUUUAAAGCCCUAUAAGUGCGAUGUAUGUGGGAAGGCAUUCAACGACUCACAUCACUUACAGAGACACAUGAGGACACAUACAGGUGAAACACCAUAUAAAUGUGAUGUAUGUGGGAAGGAAUUCAACCAGUCACAGCUGAUAAAAAGUCACAUGAGGACGCAUACAGGUGAUAAACCUUACACAUGUAAUGUGUGUGGGAAGGCAUUCAGCCAUUCACAAAACUUACAGAGACACAUGAGGACACAUACAGGUGAUAAACCUUUUAAAUGUGAUGUAUGUGGAAAGACCUUUGGCCAGUCGCAAACCUUAAAGACCCACAUGAGAACACAUACAGGUGAAACACCAUAUAAAUGUGAUGUGUGUGGAAAGGAAUUCAAGGAAUCACAAAACAUAAAGAGUCACAUGAGGACGCAUACAGGUGAUAAAUCUUACAAAUGUAAUGUGUGUGAGAAGGCAUUCAAUUGGUUACCGAACUUAAAGAGCCACAUGAGGACACAUACAGGUGAUAAACCUUACAAAUGUGAUGUGUGUGGGAAGGAAUUCAACGAUUUACAAAACAUAAAGAAACACAUGAGGACUCAUACGGGUGAUAAACCUUACAAAUGUAAUGUGUGUGGGAAGGCAUUCAAUCGGUUACAGAACUUACAGAGUCACAUGAGGACACAUACAGGUGAUAAACCUUACAAAUGUGAUGUGUGUGGGAAGGCAGUUAGUCAGUUACAUAGCCUUAAGAGUCACAUGAGGAUACAUACAGGUGAAACACCAUAUAAAUGUGAUGUAUGUGGGAAGGAAUUCAAGCAGUCACAACACUUAAAAAGACACAUGAGGACGCAUACACGUGAUCAGCCUACAAAUGUAUUGUGUGUGGGAAGCAGUCAGCCAUUCAAAUAAAUUAAAGAAACACAUGAGGACACAUACAGAUGAAAAGCCUUGUAAGUGUAAAGUUUGUGGAAAGGCUGUCUCUUUUCAGGAAGCUUACAUGGUCAUAUGAGGAUAUAUACAGGUGAUAAACCUUUUGAAUGUGAUGUGUGAGAGAAGGCAUUCUAAAGAUUACAGACAUUGGGGAGGCACAUAAAUAUACAUACCGUUAAAAACCUGAUGUGUGAUGCGUUUUUGAAGGAAUUCUACAGAUUAGGAAACUUAUAAAGACAAAGAAGGAAACAUGUCGUAAUAUUUGAGAAAGAGCAUUCCAUCGCUUUGAAAGCUACCAGAGUUAUAUGGUCACCCAUUCAUGUAACAAACCUCGUGAGUGCGAUGUGUGUCGGAAAUUAUUCUCCCUAUUAAAUAAUCUCAGGAAAAUAAUACGUACACAUGUCAGAGAAACCUUACAAAGGCGAUGUUUGUGGAAACGCGUUUCAAUUGAAAGGAUACCCAAAAAAAAUCAUAUGAGGAUAUAUCAAGUUUAUAACCUUCAUUAAUGUAAUGUAUAUGGAGCUCAGAAAGGAUCAUAAUUGUAAUUUAAAAUGUAUUUGAGUUUGGUUUUAGCUCAAUAUCUACUGCGCUACCAUUGGACUUUGGCAAGGAGCGCCGACUUUUAAACUUUACGGCUUAAAUUAACAAUAGGAUAUGUACGGGAACUCUUCCACAAAAAAUAUUAAAUUUACCAUUAAAUUAAACAAAAUAAAUGGUUUUUUCAAAGCACAGAUAGGUUGUCUUUGAAGAGAAUGACAUUCUCCCUACCAUGGACAUCGAUCAGGUCUUCACAUGUUAAUGCCCUUAACACCAUACAUACACCUUAAAAACAAAAGACCAAUAAACCGACUUCUUCUAUAAUAAAUUUUGUACCUCCAUAUAUGUUUUUUUUAAAUUUCACCUAUUCUUAUAUUUGAGUAUUAUAUAUAUCACAUUUAUUUUUAUUUUGUCUAUUGUAGCCUUUCACCAUACGCAUUAUUGCAUUAUCAGCUCUCAAGUUUUUCAAUAAAAGAUAAAACGGUUUAACUGGCUGUGUAUUUCAUUGAGCUAAUAUAGUCAUUAACAUUGGCUUCUUCUGUAUGUCAUAGUAGCUCAAUUUUGACAGCACUUGCUCUUGAUCGGAAAGUUCAAAGAAUUGCCAGCUGUGACUGACCUAAGUCAAUAAAAAAGGUAAAUUUGUGCUUUAGCCAAGCAUAUAUAUUUCGGUAUCAUGUCAUAUUCAUUGCGAAUAAAGUAAUUUUUCAGAUUUUUCAUCAAUGUUUUUUUUAUUCACCUAUUUUCUUUUAUUUGAGUCUGAAAUAUCACAUUUAUCAUUUUGUCUAUUGGUAUUUUUCACCAUCCUCAUUUUCGCAUUAUUGAUUAUCGAGUGUUUCAAUAAAAGA